CACUCCCCACCUUCCAAACUCCCGCCCCCACUCCUUACGUUGUCGUUGAACCACCGCAGACACAAAGCAGUGCUGCGAUCAACCCUCUAUCACAGAUGUUACGCGACCAAAGGGAUCGCGUCAAAACAGUAGAGGACACACGGCCAAAGGAACACCUUCAAGAGAAAGAGACGCUAACGAAGCCUAACGGACCCAUGUCACUAGUGUUUGCAGAGCCCAUACCUGAAGUAGAACAUGAAAGUCAACUACAUAAAACGGAAACGAAAGUAGCGAAAGUAACUGCUGCAACCCGCAAAGAUACCCAUGUAACUGAACCAUCAAAUAAACUGCCAACAUUACCAGAGUCUUCAGCAAUUGCAACAGAACAUAACACUGACAUUGAAAAGUCAGCUAAAGAUAAUUCCAACAUUAAACCAAGCAAGAAUAAAGAAGCAUCCAGCUCAAAUAAAGCUCAGUUGAAGCUUUCACAAAGCUUAGAAAGUCCUACUAGUGAUAGCAUCGAACAAAAAAUGAAGGAUAUUAAUCUCAAUAAUGAGGUGGCAGAUGCCGCGCCAUCAGCAGAUGCCAAUGACAAUGAUGUUACAUUGAAAAAGGAAGUUAAAGAAGAGAUAUACAAAAAUGAUGAGGUCACAAAUAACCCUAAGAAUGAUAAGAAAUCUUCUAAUAACAUAAAUAUUGAAUCUUCAAAUGAAAAUGAUGCCAACGAUAAUGUUGAAAGUGAUUCAGACAAAGUGAAUAUGGAACAGAAACAAGAUACUCCGAUGUCUGAUGAUGAAUCAAAGACAUCAGUAGCUGAUGAUGAUGAAAAAUCAACACCUUCUGCUCCCAAACUUAAAUACAAAUAUGAUAAUGAUCAAUGGUCGCCAUUGAACCAGUCUGGCAAGAAGUACUAUGACAUUGGAUUAUUAAUGCAAAUAAAAGAUGAUCCCCUCUCAAAGACAAAGCCAAAUGUUCCCAUGUUGGAGGUGUGCAAUAUUAUAAAGCCACAUCAAGAGCCACAGCCCUUCAACCCAAUAUCCAGGCCUAUUAACGAUUCCUUAUUCCCAAACUUUGCGAAGAAUUCCAGUAUUGGUUCAAGGAGUAACACACCUAGGGAUCCCAAGAAAGAUGGCAGGAAUUUGAGCACUGGUGGUCGGGGCAGUAUGAAGCUAAAUGUUUCGCCCAGUGGUAGCACUCAUCAUAAAGCUGUGAUUCGUGUGUCACUGACUCGGGAGGAUGUAAAGCUUAACCAGUCUAACGAUGCCUGGAAACCGACCAGAUUGAAGGCUGCUAGUCUUAGCGAGGAAGAAUUUAAAACACAGGAGUUGUAUAAGAAAUUCAGAGGUAUUCUGAACAAACUUACGCCGCAGAAGUUUGACACUCUAAUGGAGAAAGUAAAGACAUUGGAAAUAAACACUCAAGGCCGUUUAGAAGGUGUUAUUGAUUUGGUGUUUGAGAAGGCGAUUGAUGAACCUAACUUUUCAGAGGCCUAUGCUAAUAUGUGCAAUAAACUUGCAUCAAUUAAGGUACCCGCCGAUAACGGUUCCCCUGACAAAUAUGUUAACUUCCGACUUCUCAUCAUCAGCAAAUGUCAGAAUCAAUUUGUAACAGCUAAAGUUGAUGAGAAUGUAUUGAAAUUGGAGAAGGAAAUGAACGAAUGCUCUGACCCUGUCAAAAAGAAGGAACUUCAAGUUCAGUUGGAAGAAGAAAAUCGAAAGCUAAGAAUGAGAUCUGUCGGAAAUGUCAGAUUUAUUGGUGAGCUGUACAAAUUGAAAAUGUUGACCGCCAAGAUCAUGGUUUACUGUAUGAAUUAUCUCGUAGACAAGUUAGAAGAGGAAAAACUUGAAUGUCUUUGCAAAUUGCUAACCACUAUCGGAGAACAGGUGGAAAAUGAAGUGAAAGAGCAAUUGGAGCUUGUGUUCAAGCAAAUGCAAGAGAUUGUAGACAAGAAAUCGAAUAAGAUAAGCAGUAGAGUGAGAUUCAUGAUCAAGGAUGUGAUCGAACUGCGCCAACGACGCUGGGUGGUGAAGAGCGUUGUUGACUCCCAGCCUAAGAUGAUGGACCAGAUUCAGAAGGAGGCAGACCAACAACAGAGACAUAUUGAGUUGAUGAACUCUAUUCCGAUGGGCGGCGGGUACGGUCGCCGCGAGGACGGCGGUCGCGGCAAGCGCGGCGGUGAGGGACGACGUCAGAAUAAUAACUCGUUCAUGGACAAUAACUGGAAAUCCCCACGUAUCAGUACCGUUGAUAUGUCCAAACUUAAAGCUGGCACACAAAAGAACCUCAGUAACAUCAAACUGGCGCCCCAGCACUCCGGAUGGACUCAUGGCUCCGGUACAAAGAAUACUGUACAAGCAAACAGCAACUCUAUGAUUGGCAUCACUAAGAAUAAAUACAGUAUGCUUGAAAAUUCAUCCACUGAUCCUACAUUGCUCAGGGCUAAUCCUGAUUUAUCAUCGAGCUACACAAAAGGAGCUUCCAUUGAGAGGUCAACAUUUAACACCCGAGGUGACUUUAGUAAGUACAUGUGUUCAAAUAAAGCUAGCGACACACCUACAGUUUUAACUGAACAGUUUGACUGUUUAACCCUUAGUCAAAUAUUAGGGAAAUAUUUACCAUUUGACGUUAACAUAAAAUUUCUUUUUUAUAUGUAAUCAGUGUCUUUAUAU